AUGAGCAGUCAGUUGCAUAACGUCAACCUCCCCAUGAUGGACGGUAUCGAGAGUAGUGAUGACUCAAUCACCGUUGCUGGGAGCCCGAACGGCCUUACCGUCACCCAGAAGCCCUUCAAAACUGCAAUCGCUGAGCAACCUGUCACCGAGGCACGGAUACCCUUUCUUCCGCCACCAGCAUCAGUGCUCCAAAACGCCGGCACUGCGAGGGCCACCUUGGCUGCAUCCCACGAGAAGCCGAAUGGCACAACAGACAAUAACUAUGCAGCCACUCACCAGAACCAGACGGUCGUCCAACAGCACGUCGAGUACUGGGACACAGACCAUGACGGCAUCAUCUGGCCUCAAGAUACCUACAUUGGCUGCCGCAAAUGGGGCUGGUCGCCACCCCUUGCUGCCCUUGCAACCUUCAUCAUCAACUUCAAUCUAUCAUAUCCUACUCUCCCUGGGUUUCUGCCUGACCCGUUCUUCCGCAUCUACGUCAACAAAGUAUACAAGGACAAGCAUGGCAGCGACUCUAUGACAUACGAUAACGAAGGUCGCUUCAAACCUCAGAAUUUCGAGGAUAUAUUUGCCAAGUAUGAUAAGGGUGACAAGGGAGGGCUGGACAUUUGGGACUUUCUGAGAUUCUGGAAAGGGCAGAGGAUGGUGUUCGAUUUCUUCGGGUGGAGUGCAACAUUCUUGGAAUGGCUGGCAACCUAUCUCCUGCUAUGGCCCGAGGAUGGUAUAAUGCGCAAGGAAGACAUCCGUGGGGUCUAUGACGGGAGUAUCUUCUACAAGAAAGCAGAAGAGUACGAGCGAAAGAAGGUGAUGCGGCAAGAACAGCGUAAAGGAACCUCUACGAGACUCAUCUCGAUGGCUCAGAAGAUUCUAUGA